AUGAGCUUGUUACGGCCUGAGACGCUUCAGGUCGUGGCACAGAGCCUCGGCCUGGACGAUAUUAGCGACGAAUGUGUGUGUGAACUUCUGCCAGAGGUGGAGCUGCGUGUGCGCCAGGUGGUUCAGGACGCGCUCAAGUUCCAGCGACACUCGCGGCGGCCGCAACUGGACCCCACACACGUCAAUCAGGCCCUGCAGGCGCGGAACCUGGAGAGCCUGUACGGCUUUUCAGCUCCUGGUAACGUCAAGUACAAGCCUUGUGAGGAUAAUGAGACGCUAUACUUCGCAGAGGAGGAAGAGCUGGAGCUGAACGAGCUGCUGAACGCCCCGCUGGGCCAGAUCCCGCUGCAACCUGUUCUUAACGUCCAUUGGCUGGCAGUUGAUGGCGUGCAGCCGCUAAUACCCGAGAACGCGUCGGUGGAGGACGAUUCGACAUGCCACACGUCCAUUAAGGACGAAGCCUUCGUCAGUAAUGUGGACAGGAAACCCAGAGUCAAGCACGUGCUGACUGAAGAGAUGCAACUUUACUAUACCAAGGUCACAGAGGCGGUUAAAAGCGACGACUUCGAGCUACAACGUGCGGCGCUUACGAGUCUCGCACAGGACCCAGGCAUUCAUCAGCUGCUGCCCUACUUUUCACGCUUCAUUUACGAGGAAGUGAAGCACAGCAACCACGACCUGUCGCUGCUCUUCUCGCUCAUGCGAGCGUGUCGCUGUCUGCUUGUAAACCAGAGUCUGCACGUGGAGCUCUAUCUACACCAAUUGAUUCCUGCCAUUUUGACGUGUGUGCUCGGCACGCAGCUAUGUGAGAACCCUGCAGAUGAUCAUUGGGCGCUGCGCAAGUACGCCGCCAAGUUGGUGGCUCAGAUCUGCGAGCGGUACGGCGAAAAGUACGCCAACAUUCAGGCACGCGUGUCCAAGACAUACCAUAAGGCAAUCACAGACCCUACGUGUCCAUUCUCAACGCAGUAUGGUGCCCUUCACGGGAUGCUCUUCUUGGGUCCACUCGUCAUGGAGAGUUUGCUCUUCCCCCACCUGGAGAAAUACUACCGACGACUGGAGCCUGCACUAUCAUCGUCGAACCCCAAUCUUGUUCAAAGACUUGAGGCGCAGAACUGCCUCGGUAUCCUCGUCCACGCAUCCGGGAGUUAUUUUUCAAUGUCCAAGUCAAUGGACCGCAGUGCUUCGUCGUCGUUAUCGUCGUCUGCAAUGGGUGAUAUUGUGACUCUGCUGUUCGAAGCGUUUGGCGAGAGCCUCUUACCUUACAUUCGACCGGAACAGAACGAUAGUAUGCUCAAUAUGUGCCUCUAG